UGAUCAGUGAAAAUUCUUCAUCAUUCACGAUGGUGUCUGCUAAAAUUAUAACAAUUUUAGUGUUUAUUACAGCCAAUGCGAUUUAUUCGGGAGCUUUUCCAUAUGAUUUACCGGAUUCAGGAUUUGAUACUAUGAAUGACUGGUCACCACCCGAAUUACCGGAUUCAGGAUUUGAUAAUAUGAAUGACUGGUCACCACCAGAGUUACCGGAUUCAGGAUUUCAAGAUAUGAAUGAUUGGUCACCAGGAAUACCAGAUUCAGGAUUUCAAAAUAUGAAUGACUGGUCACCAGAUAGUCCUGCCUUCAAUCAAGAUAACUAUUCACCCAAUUAUCCUCCAUCCAUUUAUCCUCAACCCAUUUACCCUCAACCAAUUAAUCCUCAACCAAUUUAUCCUCAACCAAUUUAUCCUCCAAACAGCAAUCAAGGUUAUCAAAAUUCCUACAACCCAGCUUUUUCG